AGUGGAUGACGGUGCAGCCCGUUAAAAAGAAAAGAAAGCGGGCGAGAUGCAGAGUCCUGUGCGCCACCGACCUCGUCUACAGAGCGGUGAGCGCCUCGAAAGACCGUAAAGGUAUGUCUUUCGUCCCCUUAAAAAAAGAAUUAGCCGGUCAGGGAUACGACGUGGAGCUCAACGUCCGGUACAUCAAAAAGUCCGUGAAGCAGUUGCUGGCAAACGGGUCUUUGGUGCAGAUGAGAGGAACCGGAGCGUCCGGGUCUUAUAAGGUCAAUAAGAAAGUUGAAAAGGCCAAAACGGGUAAAUCCUCAGCGGAAAUGUCCAGUGAGACGGAAGAGUCUGAGAAAGCCGAGGACAAACGGGACCAGAUGAUUGAAGUGAUUAUAAAGAAAGAGGAAGAGGAAGAGGAAGAGGAGGAGGCCUUAAUGAGAACACAUGAAAUCUGUGGAGCUGAAUAAUAACAAUAAUACCAUUGAAUAUAUCAUUUUUGCUUCACCUAUUUAAGAGGCUCUUGUAAGAGCCAUCCAAAUCCUCAGAGGAGCAUAUUUCUGUUGAAUAUUUGUUUGUGUUUUGAGUAAGCAUGUAUUGAUAAAGCAGCUA